AUGCUCAAGAACUACGUGGGCCCGGACUGCUUGGAGACGCGAUCCGACUUCGUGCUCAACACCAAGAACGUCGAGUUCAAGCUCAAGAAAUACCUCGGCCCUGCGUGCGUCGAGAGCAGGCCGGGGGCUCGCAUCCGGGCGAAGCCCCUGGCAACCAAACAGCCCACCCGCGCCUGGGUGUUUGACCAGACCCUCGGCACAAUGGAGACAUGGAAUGAGCUGUGUGGCGAGACCUUUUGGAGCUUGGCAUCCAGCUCGUACGACUGGGACGCCCUGCUCUCUGGGUUGACUGGCUGCGUCGGUCCAAUCUGCCGCAAGAUGGGCACGGAGGAGGAUGCGUGCAACGUCCCAGGCUCCAAGGAAUGCGAGUUCCGUGUCAAGGAUUACCUACCUCUCUACGGCUACGCGACGCAGCUUCAUCUCGCCGAUGUUGCCAAGGGCCUUUCAGUGCGCUCGCCACGCCUGCCCUGCGACCCACAUUCCGGGCGUGAUCUCGGUCCUACAGACACUGAACCUGCAGGAGAUGAAGGCUGGGGUCGAGAGGUACCCCGACAGCCCCCUGCCGGCGUCCUCCGCCUCUUCCAGUAGCCGUCGCCCGCUCUUUGCGCCGUUCAUGGACGACCCGAUGCCGCCACCGGCGCCACCCCCGCUGCCACCGCCGUCGCCUUGUGACCAGGGCUUUGUUCCAACGUGCGAGCACGCGAAAGGCUUCGGACUCUGCCGUGUUGGGAAGG